AUGUUCCUCUUCCUGGUCGGCUACGCGGUGAUAUUCAACAGCUGCUGCUUCACAGACAUCCCCAAGAUCCUGCCGACACCCAUCCACAUGGAGGAGAUCUGCGAGACUGGUGAAGCGGAUGGGGAUGGCGUAAAGAUCGAGACCAAGAAAGUCAACGCCAAUAGCAAGCUGGCCUCCGUUGCAGAGCAUUAUGAGCAUACUGUCUGA